AUGGGAUACUCUGGCGGAGUCAUUGGAUCAAUGUUUGGUUGGCGAUGGGCAUUCCGUAUGACCCCGCUGGUAGGACUAUUAAUGGCUGCAAUAGGCCGGGUGUAUUUGUUAAAUCCACACCGAGGUGCGCAUGAUCUAGACGAUGAUGAAUUUGACCAGGUGACUGAACCGGAGACUGAAGGACUACUGGAUAACUCGGAUGUUGCGACGCAU